UCAAUCAAUGCCGCCGAGUUUGCGGUCCUCCGAUGAGCGACCUAUAAGUAUAAUAUGAACCGUGCUGGCGUCCGACGUACUACACAUGCUCCCUUGCUUUUCGAGCCGCACUUUCACUGUUGCUAGUCACUGCAAUGUUCAACCUCGUUAUCCUGUGUCUCGUCUCCCUUCUUGCAUACGUCUAUAGCGUUAGGAACAGAAGACAACUUUCAGUACCUCCGGGCCCAAGGGGCAUCCCCCUCUUAGGCAAUGCACUCCAGCUUCCCAAGGAACGUAAUUGGCUCACAUUCGCAGAAUGGGCCAAAACAUACGGUCCUGUCAUACACGUCUCUAUCAUUUCGAGUUCAAUCAUCGUAUUGAGCUCCCGCGAGGCCAUCUCCGACCUUCUUGAGAAGAGGAGCCUCAUGUACUCGGAUCGACCGGUGGUCCCCAUGGCAGGCGAAUUGGCCGGUAUGGAGCAAUUCACCGCGAUGGCGCCGUACGGACAGCGUCAUCGAGAAGGACGAAAGCUUAUUCUUGGGGCGAUCAACACUCUCAAAGCGCCAGAACUACAUAUCAUUGAAGAAUCGAAGACGGCUGAUUUUAUUUCAAGGCUAGCCCGUAGCCCAUUCGAGCUCCGGUCCCAUAUCCGUUGGGUCGUAGCAAGUAUCUUGCUCCAGAUCACUUACGGAAUCAAUGCGGUCGAUUAUGAUGACCCCUUCAUUCGCGCAAUGGAGAGGGCACUGAAAGACUUCAGCGACAUUGCGGCACCGGGUGCGUAUCUCGUCGAUGGGUUUCCCUUCUUGAAGCAUAUACCGGAGUGCUUUCCGGGAGCGUCGUUCAAAAGAAUCGCGAGAGAGGUCAGUGAUCGGAGUCUUCAACUUGAACGCAAACUAUACAGGACAGCACGAGACCAACUGGACCACGGAACAGCCACGCAUUCGUUCGUGACCGAUUUGCUUGCAAACAAUCGCAAUCCUACACCUGAAGAGCAUGAAAUGUACCAACAAGUGUCCACUCAGUUCUUCGGUGCCGGCUUGGAUACAACAGUCUCAUCGCUUCUCUCUUUCUUCCUCAUCAUGGCUCAACAUCCUGAAAUUCAACGGAAGGCUCAAGCCGAAGUGGACGCCUUCGUCGGUGAUCGACUACCUAAAUUCAGCGACCGUGAAGACAUGCCUUACCUAGAAGCUGUGCUCAAAGAGGUCCAUCGAUGCAACCCUUCAGUGCCUCUAGCCUUGCCGCAUUACGUACGCCGUGAAGACGUCUACGCAGGCUUUCGCAUUCCCGCUGGUUCCACAGUGUUCGCGAAUACUUGGGCUGUUCUUCACGACCCAGCCUUGUAUCCUCGUCCCGAAGAAGUCAUCCCGGAGCGAUAUCUCGAUAGGUCUGACGAACAAUCCGACCUGAACCCUGAACCUCGAGACUUUGCCUUUGGCUAUGGAAGACGGGUCUGUCCCGGACGGAUGCUUGCGGAAGACACCCUAUUCAUUGUUGCGGCGUCCGUGCUCGCAUCAUUCAACAUCAGCGACGUAAUUCCCCGGGAAGGCGGGACGGUCAAGUAUGGUGGCGGUAUAAUAAGCCACCCGGAUGACUUCACAUGCACUAUUACUCCUCGCCGGGCUGUGUGACGGAAUGGUGGAGCGGGUGUAGAAUUCUUGCACGUAAUAUGCCACUCUUUUGACACUAUACCAUGCAUGAGAUUCUACGAGUCCUGAAAGCUCGACCUGACGUUUCUCACUACACCCUUAAGAUCAAUUCCGAGUUGCUGUCAGGAAGAACACCUUUGCAAACCCACCACAAUUUCCUCGGGCGUUUUUCGCUGUUGAGCUCCUGACGAGAUCGGUUUGUGUGUC